AUGGGGAAGCUGGUGCUGGCCCUCCUGGCUCUCGCUGCCCUGCACGGUGCCGGCGCGUCAGAGGCCCUGGAGAACGACUCGGAGCCGGGAAAGAGCAGCACCGUGGGCAAACCCUGGAAAGCAGCACCCAGCCUGGCAGAGCUCGACCUGGACACGGCAGGCAGAGGAGCUGAGUGGACGUCGUGGUUCAACAUUGAUCAUCCUGGAGGGGACGGGGACCACGAGAGCCUGGAGGCCAUUCGCUUCUACUACCGGGGCCGUGUCUGCGAGCGGCCGGUGGCCAUCCAGGCCCGCACCACCGAGUGGGAGCUGCCUGAAGACGUGGGUGAGGUGGUGCACAUCAGCCCCAAGAAGGGCUUUCGCUGCAUCAACAAGGAGCAGCCACCGGGCAAGACCUGCUCCAACUACCACAUCCGCUUCCUCUGCCCGCUGGAGCACAUCUACUGGUCACACUGGUCUUCCUGGAGCCCCUGCUCGCGCAGCACCUGCGGCACCAGCGGCACCCAGACCCGCACCCGCCGCUGCCUCAAUGCCCGGCUGGCAGCUGUGCUCAAGGAGAUCAAGUGCAAGGGCAAAGCCACAGAGCGACGGACGUGCAGUGCCAGCCCCUGCCCAGAGCCGGCAUGGACAGAGUGGGGCUCCUGGGGUCCCUGCUCCCGCAGCUGUGGCAGUGCCGGGAAGCGCGUCCGGCGCAGGAGCUGCAGGACAGCCAAGAAGGUGCCAUGCAUUGGCCGCCCCACCGAGGUGCAGAAAUGUCCCCCCUCACCCUGCCCAGCCUGCCCUGAGCACACCCUGCAGGGCACCGUCCUCUCUGCCUCUGGUUUGGCAUUGCCGGACGCCCGCAUCUACCUGGAGGGUCGUCCACCGGUGCUGCUGGCCCAUAGCGAUGCCCAUGGGCGCUUCACUGCCGAGGGGCUCUGCCAAGGCACCGCAGCCAACAUCAGUGCCCACCGGCACGGCUUCGCCCCGGCGCUGGCACCCAUCAUCUCCAACGGCUCUGGAGUGUCGGUAGCACACGUGAGGCUGCAGAGGUUGGAGAAGCCCUACAUGGUGCUGCACCCCAAGACGAAGGUGCGGGUGGCUGGGCAGGAGGUGACUUUCUGCUGCAAAGCCUCAGGCACCCCCAUGCCAAAGAAAUACUACUGGUACCACAAUGGGACACUGCUGGAGAGGAAGGUGCACCAGUACAGCAGCCGCCUGGUGCUGCGGAGACUGGCACCAGAGCAGGCUGGCACCUACCACUGCAAGGCCAGCACCGAGGCAGGUGCCAUCAGAUCGGCAUUGGCAGAGCUCACCGUGCUGGCCCAGGGCCAGCAGAGCUGUAAGGCAGAGCCGGAGCCCAGCCUGGUGGAGCUGCCCACCGAGUGCCUGCAGGAUGCUACCAGCUCCCGUUACUACAACGUGGGCCGGUGCCCACCCGCGCCAUGCACCGGCAGCCCCGGUGAGGCGGCAGCAUGCGGGGAAGAUGCAGGGCACUGCUGCGGCGUGCGCAGGAUGGAGAUGCGGGAGAUCCCCUGCGCCGGCUCCAUGCUGCCCAUCAAGGUGGUGGCUGAGUGCGGCUGCGGUCCCUGUGCCCAGCCCCGGGUCCUGGUGCAGGGCCGGGUGACGGCAGCCGACACCGGCGAGCCCCUGCGCUUCGGGCAGAUCUUCCUGGGCGCGAGGAAGGUCGGCUUCACCGGAUACAAGGGCUCCUUCACCAUCGAGGUGCCGCCGGACACGCAGCGCUUGGUGGCUCGCUUUGUGGACCGGCAGCAGAGGUUUGUGGAUGCCGUCAAGGUCCUGCCCUUCAACCGCCGCGGUGGUGCCGUCUACCAGGAGGUCAAGAUGCUGCGGAAGAAGGAGCCGGUGGCGCUGGAUGGCAACCAGAGCAACACCAUCCCGCUGGGGGAGGUGAGCAGCCGGGAGCCCAUUGGGGAACUCAUCCUUCCUGCUGGGGUCUUCCUCCGUCCCUCCGGGGAGGUCUUCAAAGGCACGGUCAAUGCCAGCAUCACCUUCCUGGACCCCAGGGAUAUGGCGACAGCCAGUGCCGCCUCCAGCGACCUCAGCUUUGCCAACGCCGAGGGGGAGAUCGUUCCCCUGAGGACCUAUGGGAUGUUUGCUGUGGAUUUUCGGGAAGGGGAGAGCGGCGCGGUGCUGCAGACGGGGCCGGUGGAGGUGCGGAUGGACACGGGGCAGGUCUGGAUGCCAGAGCACCUGCAGAAGAUGAAGCUGUGGUCCUUGAACCCCGAAACUGGCUUAUGGGAGGAGGAGGGGAUCCUUCGGCAGGCCGGAGGGAGCCGAGGGAAGAGGGAGGAGAGGACAUUCCUGGUGGGGAACAUGGAGAUCCGGGAGCGGCGUCUCUUCAACCUGGAUGUGCCGGAGGACCGCCGCUGCUUCGUCAAGGUUCGAGCCUACAGCAACGAGAAGUUCAACCCCUAUGAGCAGCUGGAAGGGGUGGUCAUCAGCCUCAUCAACCUGGAGCCCCAGCCCGGCUACCCUGCCAACCCCCGGGCAUGGGGCCGCUUCGACAGCGUGGUGACGGGUCCCAACGGUGCCUGCCUGCCUGCCUUCUGCGAUGCCCAGCGUCCCGAUGCCUACUCAGCCCAUGUCACUGCCACGCUGGGUGGGGAGGAGCUGGAAGCUGUGGCCUCCAGCCCCAAGCUCAACCCCAAUGCUGUUGGGGUAUCCCAGCCCUACCUGGGCAAGCUGGGCUACCGCCGCUCGGACCACGAUGACCCCAACUUGAAGAAGACAGCUUUCCAAAUCAACGUGGCCAAGCCUGACCCCAACAACGUUGAUGAGACCAACGGCCCCAUCUACCCUUACCGCAGCCUGGAGGAGUGCGAGCAGGCGCCGGUCAGUGCCAACCACCUCCGCUUCUACCGCGUGGAGGUGGACAAGUACGAGUACAACGUGGUGCCCUUCAAGGAGAGUGACCUGACCACCUGGACCGGUGACUACCUCUCGUGGUGGCCUAACCCACAGGAGUUCAGGGCUUGUUUCAUCAAGGUGCAGAUUGAGGGGCCGCAGGAGUACAUGGUGAGGUCACGUAACAUGGGGGGCAGCCACCCUCGCACCCGGGGGCAGCUCUAUGGGCUGCGGGACACCCGCAGCGUGCGGGACCUGCUGCUGGAGAGCACCUCGGGUGCCUGCGUGGAGUUCAAGUGCAGCGGGAUGCUCUUCGACCAGAGCCUCGUGGAUCGCACCUUGGUCUCCAUCAUCCCCCAAGGCAGCUGCCGCCGCACGGGCAUCAACAGCCUCCUCCGGGACUACCUGAGCCGCCACCCGCCCGUGGCAGAGAACAACCACACGGCUGCCUUCACCAUGCUGGCACCGGUCGACCCUUUGGGCCACAACUACGGCAUCUACACAGUGACGGAUCAGAACCCGCGCCUGGCCAAGGAGAUCGCCAUCGGCCGCUGCUUCGACGGCACCUCCGACGGCUUCUCGCGGGAGAUGAAGGCGGACGCGGGCACGGCCGUUACCUUCACGUGUCAGGAGCGGCCGCCGGGCCGGGAGAGCUUCUUCCAGCGCCUGCUGACGGCCCCGGCUGAGGCCCUGGCCGAGAUCCGACGGGAGAUGGGCACCGGCGCCAUGCGCCAGGCUCCCCCCGACGUGAUGGACUUCGCCUCCGGAGCCAGAGCCCCCGGCCCCACGGCCACUCGCCGGACCCCCAGCAGCCCGCGGAGGAUGGGCCGGAGCCGGGGGCAGGUGUGAGCCCCGCGGCAGCCCCGUGGCUCCUCCCCGGCUCCGCUCUGCCCUCCCCUUCCCAUCGCUUUUACCGCAUCAUUUAAAGCAGCCGAGGGGACUCA